AUGAAACUCCACUCUGUGAUAAGCAGCUUGGGUCCGUUUCUCAAGCACUAUUCCGAACACUUAGCCGGAAAUGGCCGCAGCUCAUUUGAGAUCAAGAACCUCUCCGGCUUGCAAAGAGUCUUCGCGAAGAGCAGGGUAGCAACGCUAGCCAUGUCGGAAGAGAGCCAAUUGCUUCCACAGACGAGCCAAAGGGAGGCCAGCAUUCCGGGCUUCGGCAUGAAAGUGAUUGGGGGCGUAAGUGUGGGGCUGCUCGGCUGUGGCCUCGUCCUCGCCGCCUACUUAAACUUCGGCUCAGUCCAGCAGGAGGCGGCCCCAGGAAGGGAACUGUAUCACGUGAGCCACGUAAGCCACGUGAGCUACGUCGAUCACGAGGCCGGGCACAGCCACCAUCAUGUUGCGGUGCCCGUCCCAACCGUGCAUCACGUCCAUGUCUCGCACUCGCACUACUACGGCUCCGACGGCUCCGAUGGUUUCCAGAGCUCCGAUGGUUUCCAGAGCUCCGAUGGUUUCCAGGGCUCCGAUGGUUUCCAGACAUUGCAAGCCCACGUGGAUGAUGCCUUCAGGCCGUACCAUUGCUACCAACAUUUGGGGUCUUGGUGGAGCACCUGGUCCACCGCCAAGAAGGACUAUUGCUGCCAGCGACACUCCGUUUUCUGUGGCACACACGCCUCUGCCGAGCCGGAAGCGGUGUACGAUGACAGCACGAUGGAAGGCAUUUCUGAACCUCUCGUCCAUCACGUUGUCCAUCAUGUCGUCCAUGUUGGCCAUCACGUGGGGCAUUCGUCCACUUCGUCCUCUUCGGAUAUCCCACGAUGCGGGCACUCGGACAACAACUGUCCAGCAGCUUGGAAAUCCAAGGCCCCCGGCGGCUACCACUGUCUUCACAAGCUGGCGCGGCAGACUUCCAACAAGGCUUACAAGGCGUCGGGUGGAGCCUGCCGACCGGUAAAGCUUGGCGCCUUCCCUGCGGAGGAUUGCCAUGCGCAGUGCUACGUCGGCAGAGCCAGGUCCCUGUCAGGGGGCUCCUCCCACUAUCAUGGAGGCUCUUCGCACUCUGGAAGCUUCGGAGCCUCCUAUCAUCACGGCGGCUCGUACUACCACGGAGGCUCCCACUAUCACGGUGGCUCCUACCACCAUGGAGGCUCUUUCCACGGUGGUGGCUCUGCUCAUGCUUACACUCUGGGAGACUCGGAUGGUGAUGCCUCCUACACCUACCAUCAUGGGUAUGAGCCAUCUUAUUCGGGCUCUUACCAUGGUGGUGGCUACCAUGGCAGCUCUUCCUACAGCCUCGGGGGCUCAUACGACGGUGGUGAUUCCUCCUACACCUACCAUCACGGUGGCUCUUCUUAUACACCAUCUUAUGCGGGCUCCUACCAUCACGGAGGCUACCACGGCAGCUCUUCGUACACCCUCGGCGGCUCAUACCACGAUGGUGAUUCCUCCUACACCUACCAUCACGGUGGCUCUUCUCAUACGCCAUCUUAUUCGGGCUCCUACCAUCAUGGUGGCUACCAUGGCAGCUCUUCGUACACCGUCGGGGGCUCAUACCACCACGGUGGAUCCUCGCACUACGAGCAUGGUGGCCACUACUCCUACCAUCAUAGUGGCCACUCGCACAAAAUGGGGGGCCACUACAAGAUGCGCGGUUCCUACAGCUCUCACCACGUUCCACCGUGCGCGGGCGCAGAUCACCGCUGCCCCGCAGAGUGGCUGUCCGGAGAAACAGGAGGGUUCCACUGCAAGCACAAGCUGAAGCGUCAGACAUCGGAGAAAGCCUACCUGAAGUCCGGCGGUGCUUGCCGUCCUGCGAAGGAGGGACGCUUCCCCUUCAAAGACUGCGAGGACCAGUGCUCUAUUGGCAACGUACACAAUGUCUGA